AUGCUGCCAAAGUUUACGUGUGUCCGAGAUUGGAAAAGAUACAUCGAACAACAAGUCGCUGAGAUGGAAAAGCAACACCAUCUUCUUGGUCGACGCAUUAUCAUGGUUCACGGGCUUCUAAUGGAAAUGCCGGAAGAAGAACAAAACUUCAACUACAAGCGAGAUGAUACAAGUGUAGGCUCAGAUUGGAGCAUUACUGGCGGCUUCAUGCCACAGCCCAAACCUGAGCCUGAAGAGAGCACCCACAAACGCUCAGCAGACAACAAAAGUAUGUUUUGCCUUUAAGUAUUAUAUGAGGAUAGAACCUGCUAAAAACUAAUAUAACCUAAAUUAUAAUAGUCUACUUAUUGUUACAUACCCUGAUUAUAACACUAAAUGUCUUGUCACUACUUACUUUGUUCUUAUAGUAUUUGACUUUGUUGACAUUUUAGAAGAUCCACCUCCAACUACAUCAUCCAGUUUUCAACCGGCCAUAACACCAAUCAAACAGGAAUCAAGGUCAAGCUCCAAUUGUGAAGAGUGUGUAAAGUUUCCUGACGAGACUUCAACAAUUGGGCUGCACGAACCCACUCCCCAAAGUCGAUCCGAAAAAAAAUCCACAGGUCUUGACACCAGAUGCGUUGGUAGCUCGAAUGCAACGUAAGUAGUUCUGUUUUUCUACGCAAUGAACUAUAUAAAGGAGUUAAAAAGUAGAGAACAGAUAACCCUGGAUGAGUAAGUCUAGAAGUUUAAGCCAAAGCCACAUCCUAAGCCUAAGCAUAGAAGCCUAAGCCUAGUAGCCUAUGCCAAGAAGUCCAAGCCUAGAAGCCUAAACCGCCUAGAAGCCUAAGCCUAUAGAAGCCUAAGCCAAGAAGUCUAUGCCAAGAAGUCUAAGCCUAGAAGUCUAAGCCUAGAAGUCUAAGCCUACAAGCCUAAGCCGCCUAGAAGCCUAAGCCUAGAAGCCUAACCCUAGGCGUCUACGCCUAAAAGCCUAAGCCAAGAAGCCUAUGCCAAGAAGUCUAAGCCAAGAAGUCUAAGCCUUGAAGUCUAAGCCUACAAGCCUAAGCAUAGAAGCCUAAGCCUAGAAGCCUAAGCCUAGAAGCCUAAGCAUAGAAGCCUAAGCCUAGAAGCCUAACAGAAUGCUUCCUUAAACCAAAAACAAAUUUUCCAAAAACUUAAAACCCUCUGUAGAUUAAAAAAACAUAAAAUCAAAAGUAAAAUAAAAAAUACUAUUAAAUUGUUAAAUCGACAGAAAAUUCUUACCAUUACAUUUUAGGGCGCAAUUUACACAGUCAAAGAGAGGCGGCGUGAUCGCAUUAUGCGAGGGAGCAAUAUAUUAUAGUCAAGGCAAUUGUUGGCAUGUUUGGGAACUGUCACGAAACCUUCGCGAAAUACAAAUGUAG